UCUCCUGUUUAGAUUAACUUGGGAUUUUGCCCAGAUGACUACCUAUUGGAUAAAUGGAACUCAAGAACUUGAAAUCAAUUGCAAUUGAAGAACAUCACUCAUCUUUAUUUGGAUCAACACGCAAUUAAUCUCAACUGAAAGGGCUUAAGGACUACGGGGCAACCUUCAUCUUAAAUAAAUAGAAACGAAGAUUUAUUGUCAUUAUUCUUGAAGGAGGAUUCCAAAAGAUAUGAUUUCCAAGGACAUUGUUUUUCCUGAAUAGUCGAAGUGCGUCAGCCAUUAUUUGAUUAUGUUAAUGCGAUUAACUACUCUUGCUUUUAGUCAAGCAACUUUUAUUCUUAUGUCAAACAAAAUUUUAAUUUUCCCUCCAUUCAAUCUAAGAAAUCGAUUUAUUAUCGAUGGGCGGAGACGUUGAUGUGGCAACCUUCCUAUUUUUAAAACAGCUGAUUGUAUUUUUCCGCGUUAAUUGGUUUGAUUUUAUAUUUUUUUAUUUUUUAAGUUUAUACCACAAGUUUAAAAUGAAAAUCCUCUGUGAGGUGCAAAUGGUGAAUCGUGUGACCCAAGCGAAUCGUACGCCGCGGGCAGUUAAAUCCACUUUGGCCAUAGGCUACAAACAGAGCGCCCUGGAUUCAAAUGGGAAUACAAAAAAGGAACUGGAAAUGAUAUUAUUCACGCCACAAAUCAAGACUGGGCAGCGUUACAAGGUCAAGGAUAAUAUCCAGGCGGUUCACACGAAAUUCGUGGCGGACGGCAAAGCAACAAUUGGAUUCAAGCGGCCGGCAGAAAAUCUUUUGAUUAAAUGUGAUCCCAUUCAGUUAAAGGGAUUCCUGCAGACUCUCAAACUGGGUAUGGAGGGCAAGGAACCCAUCAAUUUGAGACUGAUUAUAGUAACUGCCACGGCCAUUACACAAAAAGCAAAGUCACAGACUAAAAUGACCUUUAAUCGUCGCUGCGAUUAUCCCAUCAAGGGUUUUCCACGAUCUCUGCAGUCUCUGACAAUCAAUAGUAGUCAAUUGGUUAAGCUAAGUUUUGAGAUAUGCUCGUUGCGUAAUCUAACCCAUCUGGAUGUGGCCAACAAUCAGCUAACGAAGAUACCCGUGGGACGUCUGCCCCUGACCAAACUCGUACUUCUUGGGAAUUGUCUGGGAGAACUGAACGAUUGGUCAUUUCUAAAUGGCAUCAAAUUGAGUGAAUCUCUUUGUGAAUUGGAUUUAUCUGGUGGUUAAAUGCCAAAAGCUGGUUCAUUUGAAUCUAAAUCACAAUAAUCUAACAUUUUUACCCUUUGCCAUGCGACGACUGAAGAAAUUGCACUCGCUUUAUGUAUCGGACAAUAAAUUGGAAUCUCUGCCAGCUGCCCUACCCUAGAUGUUUGUGGCAAUGCAUUUAAAGGACCCAAUCAUCUGGAUGUUCAACGUCUCGAGGGCACCACUGAGGCAAACACAAGGACCCAAUGCUCCCCUCAGCCGCUCUGGCUGCAAGCAGCUCGUUCAGUCGACCAAUUUAAGCUGCCUAUAUACUCACUACCUGCCAUACACACACAUACACAUAUGACCAUAUAAAGACAUUCACACGCACGUCUACAUCCCUUCCUGACUACACCUUCCUCCCCCGCCUUCUGUCCCUACGCAAUCGUUUUUAACCUUAUCAUUCUGUAUUUCUUGCCUAUAUAU